CUGCUGCUCAUGGAUCAGUGCAAGCAGCAACAACUUGUGAGCUGACUGGCAUGCUACUGCUAAAUAAACAUUUUUAAAGUUAACAAAAUAGUAAUCAGUAACCCCGGUAACAGUUGACACCUCCAUGGUUUUUAUUAAAUUUUGCGAUACGCUUUAUAUUUCUUAUUUUCAUAGUCACCACCGAUUGAAAAAGUCGAAUGAAAAUAUUAGUCAACACUUCACUUUGAGAAGAGAUCUGGAACCUCUGACAUAUAAAACCUUAUAAAACCCAACAAGCUGCUUAAAUGUUGUUGAAAGAUUUGGGCAUUAACCGCAAAGACGAGAUUUAUGAGGCCUGGGUCAAAUGCUAUAAUAUAACAUUAGAAGACACGAAGCAUUGACUGGAAAGUUGGAUUUCGGAUAAUGGGAAAUAUUAGGCAAGACAUCUUAUCCUUGGGCGUCACGGAUGAGGAAAGGGAAGCCGCUCGGCAGCUGGCCGGAAGAUGCAUGAGAGAAACCGGAACCUCGGAGGAAGCGGUUCAACGGCUUCGUAACGGGGAUACCUCGAAUGCCGAUAGUAACACCAAGUGCUUUACCCAGUGCUUCUUCCAGGGCGCUGGUUUUGUUGAUGCUGACGGUAAUGUUCAGGAGGAUCACCUGGUAGAAAAGCUUUCGACCCAAUAUGACCGCUCGAAGGCUGAGGAAAUUGUGCAAAGAUGUAAGAACAACAGUGGACCCAGCCCUUGCGAGCGAUCGUUCAUCCUGUUUGAGUGCUAUGUUGCGAACAGAGCCAGUCUAAUGUAAAGCAGGUUAUCGGAGUAAAUGACGCUUAAUGAAGAAGGAAGGCAUGAGAAUAUUAUUUUAUCAUAUCAUGUUGAACGAACUCUUCCCUCGUGAAUUCAUGUGAAUU